GUCGUGAAUGAGUCGGCCAUUGACAAACCGCUCUAUAUUAUCCGUGCAAUGUCAGUAUAUAUGAACAAGCUAGUCGGCGGCGUGAGAGUCCCUCAAUCGCGUUCCACUAAUUAUCCAAAUCCAUCGAAACAGCGUCUCCAACCCAGCCCUCCGCCUCGACGGGCAACCAAAACCUAUCGACAAACUCGGCUGGAAUCAUACACGCCUCCGCCUUCAUCUCCCAGACUUCCAGAUACCCGUCCUCCACCUUUCCCUCAGGAAACUUCAACAUCGCCUUCCCUUCUGGCGCCGCUUCCACCACCUCUUUAAGAAGCUUCAACAACCCCGCCGCCGUCCGCAAGCU